UCCCGCAAGGCUCACGGGACACUACACGGCGUCAUAGUGAUGGCACGUUUCCUAUGAUUACCAUUACUUCCACCAAUUCCAAGAUUACUUCAGAUCAUCUGUAACUGACAGCUGUUUGUUGUUUAAUUCUUUCUGUUAAAUCUUGUUGUUUGUAAGAUUGAACUGAUUGAAGAUUGGAUUGUCAAGCGAAGCAAGGAAGACUGCAGCCUGCAACCCAGGAAAGACACUGAAAGAAGUUUUCUGUUUCUUAUACUGUCGUUGGAUUGUGUGUGAUUCGUUCGUUCAAAUUUCGAUUAAAACUUAUAGCAAAAAUCUUUAAAGUUGUUCACCCAAUUUUGUCUUGCCUAGGCCUACUUUUAUUCACUUCGAAUCUUUAAUGGUUAAACGUAUGGUUUGCCUCCGAAAAUGUCCAGCUUACUUAAGCUUAAAAUGAACUCAAGUUGUUACCAAGACAAUCAUCAAUCACUCAACACCGACACUGGACCUACAGUUUAGUGAUACAACUUUCCUGCAUAUUAUCAACUGAGAAGUAGUAAAGAAUAAGAAUGAUUGGAGUGAAGGGAGCUCAGAUGGCAGAAAUUGCUAGUGCCAAAGGUGGCAAAGCGGGGCCUUAUAUCAUAAAUGAACAAAGUUCAGCAGACUUUUCUGAUGAUGAACAGUUUGAUACUGCUUUUGACGACUCCAAGAUCCGGUCAAAGUUUGUGUUCAAGGUUUACACAAUCCUUACUCUACAACUGGCUUUCACCACCCUCUUGAACAUACCUUUCCUGAUGAUAGACGAAGUGCAGGAGUUUGCGACAGAUUAUCCAUGGGGAAUAUUUAUAUGUCUGGUGGUUUUUGUGGUCCCUUACUUUAUGCUUGUUUGUUGUGAAAGCACACGAAGAAAUUUUCCAACAAAUAUUGUCUUAUUGUUCCUCAUGACUCUAGGAAUGGCAGGAGUGUGUGGCUACUCCACUGCUAGGUUGGACACAGAAGUGGUAUUUUACGCCUUCAUGUUAACUGUUUUAGUGACAGUCGCCAUUACUGUAAUGGCCAUCAUCUGCCCCUUUGACUUUACCAGUUGCACGAUGGUUGUAUGUGUGAUGAUGGUCGUGGUGAUGUUGUUUGCAGUUGUUGCUGGUAUCAUUGUAAUGGUGACGAAGAGUCGCAUUGUCAAUAUCAUCUAUGCCGGAGUUUGUGUUAUUCUGUUUUCUUUAUUUUUAAUAUUUGAUACUCAAGCCAUUAUUGGAGGAAGAAGAGUUUCUCUGAGCCCAGAAGAGUACAUUCUUGGUGCUGUUCAAAUAUACGUUGAUAUCAUAGAGAUUUUCUUAAACUUCCUAGAGUUGAUUGGAGCUUGCACUGAAAAUGAUUGAAGUCACAAAAUUCAUUAAUUUUACUGUUAUGAAAGUUGAUUAAAACCAUUUCUUAUCCAAAUAAAUGGACAUUUUUUAUUAAACAGAUUAUUUGU